UCACUUGCUCGCCACAUAUCGAGUCAAACUAAUCGAAAACACAAAAUAUCAAAAGUUUUCAAGAUUUGUUUUAUUUUUCUUUUUGUUAUAAUCGAAAUUAUUGUCAAGCAUGGAUGUCUCGGCUUCUGGCGCACCUAAAGCAUACACUCGGCAUGUGCUGAGAGCGAUUGCAUUGUUACAAAGAGGUGAAUCUAUCUUUAUCAAUGCGGACGAUAUCGUUCAGCAGGUGAUGUUGCAGAUGCGUCACAAAAGGAAGUUGGAUGUGGUGAAAGGCCACGUGCUGAAGUCGUUGAGUAGCUUGACACAUCUUGGAAUAUUAUCCCGAAGCCCUAGCGCCGAAUACAACUUCUAUCAGUUUCCCGUUGAGCGCGCCCUUAUUCCGGCAAGGAUUAGAUGCACUAAACGCAGCCGCUUCAUACCACAAAGGACGCGUCGCGCGUUUAAGCACAGUUGGAAAACUCACAAUGGCAAGACUGCCAGAAAAAUGACAUUACCAAGGCCAAGGCGACAAUGUCCAUUUAAGGACAAGUACAAAACUAAGCGUUCAUACGCCUACAGUUUACGCAAUCAUGUAGUAUGCACAUGCUGUCGCUCGCAUGUUGUCCCUCACGUUGAAACGUUCAGUAAAUUAAAGAAUAGUUAUUUGGAGGCCAUGGCUGACGAGGACUCGAACGACGCGAAUGCCGAGCAGUAUGACGUAUUGAUGAACGAAAUUGAAGAUCUGCCCAUUGUGGAUCAGUUACCUGUAGAACACAUUCCCGAAGAUUCGAUUGUUUUAAAGCGUUACUCGUUCGAUUCCCCAAUACCUAUUGUUGUGGAAAGCACAAAAUAGAAACCUAAUGAAAUAAAUGCUGUUUGAAAA